AUGUCAUCGCUCUUUGGCCCGCCGGCCUCUGCUGCAGGUACCUCAGGGUCAGGCGGUCUUUUUGGCGGCCUAAACCUGAAUCCCACGACGGACGCCCAGGGAAAGCGCAAGUCCAUCUUUGAGCCGUCGACUUCGCAAAAUACUCAAGCCGCCCAAUUCGCAGGGCUCAGCGCCACCACAAGCGCUGCACCUUCUGGUGGGUUCUUCGCUACCCAGAAUACAGCUCCUGCUCCUGCUCCGUUCUCCCUUCCCACCACUACAAGCACUACUGUCCAGUCCGGAGGUCUGUUCGGUACAGCCCCAUCGACAGCUCAGCAGCCUGCCGCGACCCUUUCUGCUUUCGGCGCUCAGAGCACCCAGCAGCCGGCGACUUCCUCCCUCUUCGGUGGCACGACCGGCCCAAAUACGGCGGCUCCUGCUGGCUCGCAACCAGCACCUGGUCCUACACAGAAUACCGGAGAUGCUGCCUACUUCAGCACUUUGCUCGAACGCCAGAAGAAGAAGCCAAAGUUGACGGCGCAGCACAAUGGUCGUCAUGAGUUGCCAAGCCUUAGUAUGGAUCUGGGCGACCUGGCCAGACGUGCGCAGGAGAUCAGACACCGCGGAACAAAGCAGCCUGAGCCGCUGUCAGAGAGUCGCGCUCAUUACCUGCUGGCAGGCUCCGGCGUUGCGCCCGGUCAGGCUUACAAGGACUUCUCGGCUUUGGGGCCUGACGAUGGGGCACCAGUGUCACGGGCUACCGCACAAUCCUUUGCCGAUGAGUCUACUGCCUAUCUGAGGGAUCUCCGAGUCAAGGGGCGUGACGCCAUGCUGCGAGAAAGCAUGGACCGUAUCUAUCGGGAAGUCGACAGCUUCAUUGAAGAGAGCUUGGGUGUCGACUUUGAGGAACAAAAGGUCAGAAUUAUGGAACAUUUUGGCCUUGUGCCACCGGAGGAUGGAUCAACUCCGGCAGGUGGGAGACAAGCCUCAGGUGGCUUUGGCAAAACUACGAAACGGGGCAAGCAUGGAGAAUCCGAUUUAACACGUUCCGCGAGAAGCGUGUUUGGUCGGUCGGCACUGGAGAAGUCCAUCAUUGGCAUCGCGGGAUCGGGAGCCGGUUCAGCGUCCUUUUUUAGGAGUGAAGGUGCUCCUCCCACGCCAGCAGGAUUACCAAGAUCUAGCUCACAGGUUUUGCGCGAGCUCAGAAACAAGGAAAAGAUAUUCAUUGAGAAAGUGGCAGAACUCAGUAACGCUCGAGUGAAACACGAAGCAUACCCUUUGCUACGAAGAUUUGCCGAAACCGAAGAGCAAAAUAAAGCUGAUAGCCCCCGUCAACUCGUGGACGCCUACCAGGCUCUCUGCGAGAUCACCAAAGAAGGCUCGGCAGAACUCAAGGAACGACAAUUUGCCGAUGCAUAUUUGGACGACUCGUCCUCGACGCCGGCAAUGCUGAAGUUGAAGAAACAGGUCUUGGAUGGUUCUAGAACAUACCUAGAACGAGCAUUCUUCAGGGAGAUAAAAACCAAGGUCGAGCAGAAUCCACGGGAGGCAGCGCUGGGUGGGCAGCCCACUGUCACCAACAUUGUAAGAGCUUACAUCCGACUGCGUGUGAUACGACGGGACCUGGCUCCUGAUGGGACAGAGCUCCAACAACUGAACGGCGAGAACGGCGACUACUGCUGGGUCCUCAUAUUCUACCUCCUGAGAUGCGGCUUUGUUCAAGAAGCAGCGGAUUAUGUCCAAAAUGAUCCUGCCUUCCAAUCAAUUGAGCGACGGUUCGUUUCGUAUCUGACGGCCUAUGCAAAGGACCGGGACCGUCGGUUGGGACGCAAACUGCAAGAUAUGAUCGACAACGAGUAUCAAAACCGGACGAAAGCCAGCCCCAAGAACCAGGUUGAUCCUUACAGAAUAGCCUGCUAUAAAGUGAUCGGUCGAUGUGACAUUGGUUCAAGACACCUGGACGUUGUUGGUCAAGGUGUGGAGGAUUGGCUCUGGCUACAGUUCAACCUUGCUCGAGAAACGGAGAGGCUCGAGGAGAUUUCUGGGGAAGUCUUUGGGCUCGACCAAAUCUGCGAAACAGUGACGGAGAUCGGGCAAAAGCAUUUCCAGAAAAGCCAGGUCGAGGGAUCGAACGGAUACGGCACCUUCUUCUUGAUGCAAGUCCUUGCGGGCAUGUUUGAACAAGCAGUCGACUACCUGCACAGCUUCAAUGCUUUGAGCGCCGUCCAUUUUGCCAUUGCUCUAUCGUACUACGGAUUGCUGAGGGUGUCAGACUUCUCAGUGGCUGGCAAUGAGCUGCUGACCUUCUCGACAACUCAGCAGCCAAUGAUCAACUUUGUGCCACUCGUCGCGUACCAUACAGGAACAUUCAGAACAGCACUCCCCGCCUCUGCUGUCGACUACCUCUCCUUGAUAUGCCUCAAUUCCGACCUGCAGCCUCCCAGCUUCGGCCAGGUACACACCAAUGCCUGCCACGAGUGUCUCCGUGAACUCUGUCUGGAGACGCGAGAAUUCGCGAAAUUGCUGGGCGACAUCCGCAGCGAUGGAACUCGGUUACCUGGUGCCAUCGAGUUACGAGCCAAGCUGAUUCACCUCGACAGUAGGGAAGAAUUCUUGAGUUCCAUCACCAGGCAGUCCGCAGCAAUCGCCGACCAGCGCGGGCAAAUUGCGGAUGCGGUAUUGCUGUACCAUCUAUGUGAAGACUACGACAACGUUAUCAGUGUGCUGAACCGAGCACUGGCGGACGCCGUGACAAUGGACUUGGGACAAGCAGCAAUGCAGCUACAGCCACUGAAACCUCGAAACUCUAAUGGCAAGAGCCCUGGGUCAAGCAUCACCGAAGGAGGAGAACCUCAGUCUUCGCUGUCACUCACGCAAUCAACAUCGUCCCCGUUGGAGCUGGCCAAGAGGAUGGUUGACCUGUACAACCAGAACGCGGCCUACUUCAACAAGAUCUCCAGCUCGAACAGAGAGAUUGUUGCGGCCCUACUGCGAUUGCUGGUCAUCCGAGGACACAUGGAAGCCAAUCCACCACGCUACAUGACAGCACUUGAAGAACUGAAUGAGCUGGGCUUGUUUCCCUUACAGGCGAAGGGCUCCAUUCCUAUCAUCCGGGCUGCUGCCACAGCCUUUGGGGCACUUCCCCAAAUUGUCGCGCGGUGUGCGGGGGUCAGUGUGGUCUGGGCGGUGCGCGCGAUCGGCGGCGAAAGAGACAGGAUCAACCGCGAAGGCAGAUGGGAGGCAGGCUUUGGUGGAGAUGCGAACGAAGUCAAAGAACAGCUGGGCAACAUGGCUAAGGAUCUCAUGGUGUUUGCUGGGCUUGUGAAGUACAAGCUGCCCGGGCGAGUUUACGACAUGUUGACUCGGGCUGGAGCCGACGUUGGUGGGUUCUGA